UUGACCACACUCCUAACCUCAUAGCACUUAAACCAAAAGCUGAUUAUUUCAAGUAUAAGAAUUGAAACUAGAUAAAAUACCAUGAACCAUUAAGAAAGUUCAUCAGUUAUUAAAUUUAAUCAAAUAAUCAAAACCCAGAACAACUGAAAAUCUAUUUCAAAUCUACCAAAUGGUGUCCUGUGUGUUUGAGCUUCAGAUGGUUUAUGAGGCCUUGGUGGGCGUGAUGGAAAAAAUUAUAGUUGGAUUAGGUGAGUCUGCAAAAAACUACACUGAACUCGCUGGGCGAACUGAGCCUCUAAUUGCCGACGUGAUUGUUGCAUUAAUAAACAUGGGUAUGAGAUUGGAAGGCCUGGAGAACUAUGGAAAAAGACCUCACAGAACUGUAUUGCCUCCUCUUCAGCAACAGACUCAGUCUAAACAAUUGAAUAUUCUUCAGGCUGGUGUCAAGCAGCCUCAUCCUUCGCACAUUCCCAAUUAUCUACCAGCCUUUCCUGAUCCUCAUGCAUACAUCAGAACUCCAACACACAAGCAACCGGUUACUGAGUAUGAAGCCAUUAGGGAGAAGACCGCUUCACAAAAAAGGGAUACUGAGAGGGCUUUAACCCGAUUCAUUGCCAAAACUGGCGAUACCCAUAGUUUAUUUUUCACCGCUGAUAACAGCACCUUUCCCUUGAUAGCAUGUAAACCACAGUUUCCGAGCUACCUUUCGGCCCUUCUCCCUCAAGACCAAAUUUUCGAACCAGAGCCGGACUUUAACUUUGAACCGAGUCCAGUUAAAAAAAAGAAAGAAGUUACAGCAGAUGCAGAUGAUGAAGCAGAAACGUCCGUAGAAAUUGUAGAGCAAAAUGAAGAGGUCUCGACCCAACAGGAUGCGAUAGAUAACCCCUAUCUCCGACCUGGAAAGGUGCCGGAUGGAAAAGCUUCAUCGGUAACGGCACCGGAUUUCAGGCAGAAUGUAAAAAAAGAUGGCUUAGCAGAUUGAUUGAUAAUCAAGAGAGAUUUUUACAUAAUUAUUUUUAAUAAAGCGAGACUGACUGAUUUUAUCCAAAAUCAAAAGGGUGGAAAACUAUGUAUUUUAUCUUAUACUGAAUUAUACAACGAUAGAUUAAUAUUUCAAUGAAACUGAAA